AUGUGCUCUAUUUAGAAACAAUAAGGAUCUACUUCAUUAUGCUGCUGUAGCCGUAAAAGGGCUUUUUUAGCAAAGUUAGUCAAUGCCUAGUUCCUAAAACUAUCUAUAUCUCUAAACCUACUAUUUGUCAUGAGUUUAUUUCAAGUUAUACGUCGUGUGAUUCUUCGUUGGUUUUGGUACACAGUGUAUGGGACAGUAGUACACAAGCUGCUUGUUCGUGUUCGGCUGCUCUACUUCCCCUCCAUUGGACGAAUGUGUCUGCUGGAGGGUCCCAACAGGAGAUGGUAUGACAGGAUCGAUGAUACCGUUAUUCUAGGAGCACUGCCCUUCAAGUCACAAGCCAAGAAGCUGGUAGAGGUAGAGAACGUACGAGCAGUAAUAUCCUUCAACGAGGAGUAUGAACUUGACUAUUUCACCAACAGCAAGAAGGAGUGGGCUACUCUGGGUGUUGAUCGUCACUGGUUCUCCACGGUUGACUUCCAGCCACCUGUCCUCCGUGACCUGUGUGAGGGUGUGAGUUUGGUGGAGGGUGUGAGGGCACGUAACCAGAGUGUGUACGUCCACUGUAAGGCAGGGAAGGGUCGCAGUGCUACCAUGGUGGCUUGCUACCUCAUGAAGGUGAAAGGGCUGACCCCCAGUGAAGCUCUCGAUUAUAUACGAGAGAGGAGACCUCAGAUCAGUGUCAACGAGAGACAACAGGGCAGACUAGCAGAGUACCAAUCCCAACUCAAAAAGAAAGAAUAGGUGUGUGUUAGGUUCAUCUGACUGUUUUAACCUACCGUGUGUUUACACUCUGCAUGCAUACUGUUAAUGAAUUUUUGUACCGUGUUCACGCAUUGUUCCUGAAAGUGCAUCAACAUGAUUAAUAUUUUUAUUAUUAAC